AUGGCGCCCAAUCCUUCCUCCUCGGCGCGCCAACCGCUUAAAAUCCUGAUGCUCCACGGCUAUACACAGUCCGGCUCGCUGUUCCACGCAAAAAGCCGUGCCUUGAUCAAGCACAUCCAAAAGGCCUUCCCUUUGCAUGAAGUUACCGCCAAUUACCCGACUGGUCCCUUGCGUCUAAAACCCAGCGACAUCCCCGGCUACGUGCCGUCCGAAACCACCGAACCGGAGGAGAUCGAAGCAUACGGAUGGUUCCGCCGGUCCAACACCGCCAAUCCGCCCAUGUACCAGGGCCUUGAAGACGGCUUUGCCGCCGUCGCCAAAGUGCUCUCCGAAGAAGGGCCCUUCGACGGCGUAAUCGGGUUCUCGCAGGGCGCUGCGAUGGCCGGUAUGGUUGCGGCGUUGCUCGAGCCCGCGCGGAAGGAGGCCUUUGCCAAGUUCGAGAAGAUGGAGGCGGAGGGUGCGGCGGGGAUACCUUUUCCGGGUGCGUUUGCGGCUCCAGGGUUCCAGCACCCGCCGUUGAAGUUUGCAUUGGCAUAUAGCGGAUUCCGGUCGCCGGGUCCACGGUACAGAGGCUUCUAUGAGAGUCCGGCAGUGCAGACGCCCGUGCUACAUGUGCUGGGAUCCUUGGAUGCUGUCGUGGAGGAGUCGAGGAGUCGGGCAUUGAUUGAGGCAUGUGUGGGGGAGCCGGAGAAGGAUGGCUUUGUGGUUUGGCAUCCGGGUGGCCACUUCUUGCCUAGCCAGCGACCAUAUCUAGAUGCUGCGGUACGGUUUAUUCGGGAGCAAUUGGAACGGGGUGGUGAUAAAGGAAAGGCGGAAGAGGAGGAUGUUAAUGAUAUGGAUGUGCCAUUCUGA